UUUUCUGAAUAUUUCAGUACGUAAAAUGUAGUUUCUAUGGCAUCAUAUUUUAUGAAAGUAUUUAUUUGAAGUAGUAAAUGAAACCUAAUCUUAUUUAAAAGACUAUGACGAUCACGCGGUGAUUUGUAAUAAUAACAGACGAAAGCAAAGGAUUUUUCUCGAACAAUCUAGAACUUUAUCUUCGGGAUUUCCUGCUUAAGACAAAAUAUCGGCGAAAAUGGAGGAAAUCUGUUUUUGCAAAUUUUGCAAAUAUGUUUAUGAUGCCAGACACAACCGGUUACCUCCUGGCCCCGAAUCCAGGACUCAGCCAAGCGCGGCGCCCCAGCAGCUUCCGGCGUCGCGAAAUACGUCGCCGCCUUCGACACCUUUCCGGGUUCCUGGAACGCCGCCGCGAGUGCCAUGUAAACGUGCAACGGAUACUGCUGCAGUAGCACCUGGCGGGACCCGUGGCCAGGAGCAAGUAGUCAACGGUACUCUGGGGGCGUGCAGAGUAGCAAUUGCCAUAAAUGCAACGUCAGUAUAGUACUCUACAUGCGACUUGUAACAAAUAGCUCCUUUUAUCCUAAUUGACCCUGAAAUAUAUGCUGACCUUCUUUUCCAUGACUUAGACGAUUCUGACCAAUGUUUUAUGGAAUCAUAAUAAAAGUAUUCAAUAGAUUCACUAAAUUCUAUAAACCAAGAACUUGACUCUAUUGCCCCUAUGUGUCACCAUCCAAUGAACAAGUGAAUAUUCUUUUUUACAAGAUAGAUAGCAUAUCCCUCCACUUUACAGAACUAGAAUACAAUAACACGUGCACAGCAUUUUGAUAUAUUAGGAUUUUGUGAGACAAAACUACCCCAUGUUCCUCCUCUGGUAAUAGGCUACACAGCAACAAAGUUCUUGGAUGUCAUUCUUGACAAUAAUUUAACCUGGAAACAAUAUUUGCAACAUAUUACAAAAAAAAAAAAAAAAUGUAGUGUUCUGCUCCAUACUCGAAGCAAACUUACUCUGGAAGCCCUAAGAUCGAUUUACCACUUACUAAUCCAUCCUCAUAUCACAUACUGUAGCCUCAUUUGGGGAGGAGUAUCUAUAGAUAAACUUGAACCUUUAAACAAACAUAAACGUGUUAUCAAAACAAUUAUGGGGCUAAGAAGAUAUGCCCACACCAACGACAGUUAUAAAAGCCAUAGGUUGUUAGAACUCAAGGAUUUCAUUGAUUUCAAAUAUGCUAAUUUUGAAUUUGAAGCUAUAAAAAAUGUAAUUUUACUGCUGUCUUGUACUCCAAUGUUUUUUUUUUUUUUUUUUUGCAUGAUAUUUUGUGGCAAUGUUGAGUUUUGUAUCCCCACGGAAUUACUUUUUGUUAAGUUUGUUUCUGCAUCUUGUGUAGCCACUACCAAUGAGACUUACU